AUGUGGGCAGCAAGCAGCCUUGAACAACAGAGCUCCCCAAAAAAACAGCUCUGCGCCGCCAACACCACUUCCCAUCAGCAAACGCUCUGCAUCGUCGGCCUCGCAAACCAUCGAAUCACGCCCUUUCCCUCUGCGUUUUCUUCCAUAGCGACCCACGACGCAUGCGCUCCUAGAGCUCCAGGAGGCGAGAUGGAUUCGGGCGACGCGCAGAUUCUCUUCAAAGAGACCCGCUUGAACCUCGAGCCUCCCGCCGCCGCGUCGAUUGUCACGAUCCGCGUGCCCUCGCUGUCCGGCGGCAGCGCGCGCAGCACGACCGAUGGCGCCGCCGAAGACGAGACGGCCUUUCGCCGCAAGAACCUCGCCACCGCAACGUCCAUCUACCACCGCCAGUGGCACGACUCGCCCCGCAACUUUCUCUGGCGCGUCCUCGAGGACGGCCACCUGCUGAGCGUGCGCGCCGCCGACAUCUGCUGCCACAGCAAGGCGGCCGACGCCCCGCUGGUGCUCAACUUUCACUUUGCGGUGCCCAUCCAGCCGGGCUGCGUCGCGCUCGCUGACCCGCAGGAGCACGACGCGCUCUGUCUCUUCGUCCUCGACACCUCGUCUCACCUCUACACGUUUACCCUGCGGCCGGACCUCUUUCGAAAGCGGACAGCAAUCGACGCGGGCCUUUCCGACCUGGCCAAGGUCCAGGCGCCGGCUGGGGUCGCGUUCAAGUACCCGCAUCGCAUGGUUGCCGUAUCGGCCAACAUGCUGCUUGUGACGGUCAAUGAUGGUGGCAUGAUUCGUCUGGACCGAAACCAGGCUGACGAUGGUGGUGUCUGGAAGGAAACCUUUUUUAACGUCCAAGGAUGGAAGCAAAAUCUCCGAAGUCUGUUGCCUUUCCAGGGCAGCCACACAAUUCGAUAUGGCCGAACCAAUAUGGAAUAUAGUGCCGCCACUGCGGUACAAGUUACAUCUCUAGGGCUGGAUAACUGCCUGUUUGCUAUUACCGUGUGCCUCGACCACCGCAUCCGUAUAUGGAACAUCCAGGACGGCCAGAUCUUGUUCACAGGAGACUUGCUCGGUGCCGAUAGAUCACCUCAGGAGAUUGGCAAAUGGACGCUACAUCCUUCUCAAGCUAACUUGGUGCAAUUGGUUGGCCGCAGCCCCGGGCAGCGAAUAUGCGCCACAUACUCACCCAUCGGGCCUGGUGAAUUCAAGUUUUGGAAAGUUGUCGCCAAGGGGCCUCAUUCUCUUACCUUGGAGGAUCUGUUCCCCAAGUUGACUCUUAUUCCUGAGACGCCUUCCUCAUCGGAUAUAUGGACCUUGGCUGAUUUCGUGCUCUCAUCGCCCGAGGACGGCAGUAUCAACCUCUGGACGUUGUGGAAGAACAACAUGACGUACCGAGUUCAAAGGCUUGACUUGGACAGAACCAACAUGUCGCAGGUCUGGCAGCGGGGCUGGGAAGGUGUUCACUCCGAUACAGGCUUGCUGACGGCCGAAACCUCUGGGCCAUGGGACCCGCAAGAUGUAACGGAAAAGUGGCUGCGAUUAAUCUUAACGCCCGGUCGAUUCACCAAAGCAACCCUCGAGGUGGCACUCUCCAUCUAUGAGCGGGGCCUUGGAAAAGCUAGAGAAGGAAACAAGGGACGUGGUCUGGCUGAAUCUAUAUGUUCCGUGCUUGGUGCGGCGGCAUCGCUGGAGAAAAGCGCUUCUGGUGCCAUGGACUAUGAACAAUUCCGGUCAUCGAGCGAAACUCAAUGGCGCCGCUUCUACAGGCUGCUCAUUGAACUGGAUAAGCAACGCGGUGAAGCCAUCAGCCUAGCAGUGGACCCCGAAUCCGACAUUGCCUGGAUUGUUUGCGCUGAUCUUGUCUCGGCCGUCCGGGAUUGCAGUGACUUGGAGCGUAUCUACCAUAAUCUCAACAUUCCUGAUUCGGGCAGACAAGAGGAGACUGCUCUCAUCAGCUCAGCGCUGUCAUUUGUUGACGGAUUCUCGGACAGUUAUCUGCAGCUAUGCAACGCGGCUCUACGACCAGAAUUAUUCGAGCAGUCUCAAAAAACGGAUUUGGAGCGCAUUCAGUUCUUUUCCGACAAGGCUGGAUUUUGGCGUGGCAUUACUGACGAGGACUGCACGCAAAUCGUCGACGUUCUCGGCCAAAACUUCAGCGCGGUGACGGAUGAGCUGUACAAUGACGUGCUCAACCUACUCACAACUCCUGCUGCGAUGAGGAGUCGGCAGCUCAAUAACCCCGUUACCGAAUUUGGCCGAAAGCUUAUCAUGGCCGCCACACAGGACUGCUUGACGAUGCAGUGGAACGUGUGCUUCAGCCAGCUCAUCCUCCUUGUACAUAUGGAGUUUGAAUUCGAUAACGAGGAAGACAUUCUUCACCACCGCGUAGACGUCGGCAGUGUGUUCCGCGGCUUGAUUGCCGCCCUGCGCCGCUUGGAGCUGCUGAAACGGCUAUCUCAAACCGAGCUCUCUGUGCCCCUCUUCAGGCCGGACAGGACCAUCUCGCCCAAAAAGAGUGUUGACGAUACGCAAGUUGUCACAGCGCUGGAAGCCAAUGUUGACCAUUUGCUUGGCUUUAGAAGCAGAAAUGAGGCUCUGAGCAGGAGCAUCACUGAGAUUGCAAUCUCUCUAUGCGCCGCAGAUAGUGAUAUCGAACUAUCACCGGCCCUGAUCCAGUGCUCACUCAUCAAGAGGCAACGCGCGGAUCUAGCUAGCACCCUCACACCAUUUUGCAGCGAGGAUCCUUUCUCGGUGUAUGUUCAGGGUCGCGUCAGCCUCUUCCUGAAGGACUACAGCGGCGCGGCGCACUUCUUCCGGAAGGCUGCCGUCGGAAUGAGCGCCGAAAAUAUCGAGCUUGACCGCCACAGCAGCGGCUUGCUAGACGACACGGAAUGGGCUUUGUUCAACAGCGGACUGCCUUCCUACUACUCACACAUCGUGGCACUCUACGACAGUCAAAAGGCGUACUCUUACGUCGUUGAAUUUGCGCGCCUAGCGAUCCAAUUUACAUCCGCACGGCCUGAUCGCGGAUCAGUCGAAGCGCAAAUGCUUACCCGACAGUUCAGCGCUGCGCUCGCCACUUGCCAGUUUGAGCUUGCCCACACUACUCUCCUGUCUAUCAAGGACCAAGCCCUACGCUCAUCUAGCUUGCGCCUCCUCGUAGACAAGAUGUGCGAGACCUGCCACAACAGCGAGCUCGUCGCGUUGCCGUUCCCAGGAAUGCAGCAAGACGUCGACGAGUUCCUCGCCAAGCGUUGCCGCAACGCCCUCGAUGUGGUGCACGGUGCGCACUACCACCAAGUACUGUACGCAUGGCGGAUCAAGCGCCAAAAUAUGCGCGGUGCGGCAUGGGUCCUCCUCGACCGCAUUCAGAAGCUCAAGCUCGCCGGCGAGGCGGACAAGAUCACCGGUGACGACGUGCUCGACACGCCUGUCACGAGGCAGUACCUGCUGCUCAUUAAUGCUCUGAGCUGCGUCGACCCCAAGCAAGCAUGGGUCUUUGAUGAGGGUGUUGCUGGUGCCGCCGAUGAAACCACGGGGCUACCGAAGAAGCGCGCCGUCGUAUCGCUCGCGGAUGUGCGCAAGCAAUACCAAGAUGAGCUGGAUAGGAUUGCAGCCAUCCAGAACAACCAGUUUGGGUUUACAGCGGACGAUGUCAUGGAUCUUGCAUGA